AUGCCUCCUCGGAAGAACACCAAUGCGGCCUCCCAGGGCGACGUUGACCUUGAAGCUCUCUUCGCCACGCAGGACUCAUCCAGCAGCGACGACGCGAUGAUGGCCGUGAUGGCCAAGCAGAUGCAAGCCGCCGCCGAGAAGAAGACCCGGGCGCGCGACGCCAAACUCAUUCAGGCUUACAAGACUGAGUCUGAGAAGCUUAUCACCACUCGGGCACAGAAAGUGCAACAAGUCGUUACGGAACUCAUCCGUGAUCUGGACGAUUUGGCUCUCGAGGAAGCCCAGAACGAGGACUCGAUUCGUAAGCUGUGGAUGGAAGCUGGGCGAGGGCGCGUUGCAUAUGCUGCAAGUCGUCUCGACAAGAUGAAGAACUACCACGAGACGGCGGGAGCUUACGAGGAGACGCGUGUACAGGAGAACAUCCCGCACCUGUACGCGAUCAAGGCUGCUGUAAACGACGUGGAGCGUGUGGCAAACGGUCUGGAUGAAGGCAUGUAA